AUGGCAGUGGUGUUGCGUUCUUCUCCACUCUUGUGGGCCCGUGUGGCCGCCAUGGUUUUCGCCUGCGUAGCGUUCAGCGUCGCUCUGUACGGAGCCAACCUGACUCACGGCACGGGCGACUGGUGCAUCUUCUGUUGGAGUUUCAGUUUCGUCGGAACUCUUUUGAUAGUCCUAGUAGAAAUGUUCGGCCUGCAGACCCGCGCCCCUGUCUCCUGGAAGAACUUUCCCAUCACGUUCGCCUGCUACGCCUCCCUCCUCUGCCUGUCCGCAUCCAUCAUCUUCCCCCUUUACUUCCUCAAAGGCUACGCGGGCCGCAGCGAGAUGAUCAACUGCCGUAUCGUGUCUACUGUGUUCUCCUGCCUGGCCACCAUUGCGUACCUGAGCGAAGUGAGUCUCAGCAAGGCCCGUCCGGGAGAGGUCUCCGGCUACAUGGCCACUGCGCCGGGACUUCUGAAAGUGUGCGAGACCUUCGUCGCCUGCAUCAUAUUCGUCUUCAUCAGCGAGCCCGUGUCGUACGACCAGAACGGGGCGACCAAGUGGUGCCUGGCCGUCUACUGCAUCUGCUUCAUAUUGUCGGCCGCCAUCAUCGUGAUGUGCGUAGGGGAGUGCACAGGCUUCCUGCCGUUCUCCUUCGCCCGCUUCCUGUCCUCGUACGCCCUCCUGGCUGUGGGCUUGUAUCUGUCCGCCACCAUCAUCUGGCCAAUAUAUAAGUUUGAUGAGAAGCACGGAGGUCGAAGCCACAGACCCAACAGCUGCGGCUCCAGCAUCGGCCUGUGCCCGUGGGACAAGGUGCUGGCCAUCUCAGUGCUCAGCGCUGUCAACUUCAUUCUGUAUCUGGCCGAUCUCAUCUACUCGGCCAGACUGGUGUUUGUUGCCGUUUAA